AUGACAGGUGCACGAAAAACACGUUCAUCUAGUGCAGUUUCAACACCAUCCUUAACAAAUAGUAAUGGAUCAACUAUUCUUGAUGAUCUACAUGCAAAUAUUCAUUCAUCAAAUCAAUUUAUAAAUAUCUAUAAUCAAUGUUAUCAAAUAACAACACUUCGAUCAUCAUUAAUUAAUCUUCUUUGUAAUAUAUUAACGGAUUCAGUAAAUGUUGAUUCAAAAAUUCUUCUAUUCAUUCUUGAUUCUUUCAUAAUAAAUCAUGAUAAUUUACUUGUAGAAUUAACUGAUAUACAAUUUAAACAAGAUCUAUUACCAUUUAUUAAACAUAUAUUAUCAACAUAUGAUGAUAAUAAUGAACUAUUAACAUCUAUUUUACGAUUUCUUACUGUACUUAUUGAAUAUCGUUCGAAUUUAUUAACUUUAACAUUAACCGAAUGGUUAUCUAGUAUAUUACAUUUUAUUGUAUCACGUAUUAAUUCAACAUCAUAUUUAAUAUAUGGUGAUUUAAUUAUUGAUUUACUUGCAAAAAUAGUUAAAUAUUUUACACCAUUACCAAAAGAAAUUGUUGAUGUCUUAGGUCGAUCACCAUCAUCAGUUAUUUCAACGAAUUUUCUAACACAAUUAAAAUCAUGGGUUAAACAUGUUGAUGAUACAAGAUUAGCUCUAUUUGCUAUUCAUCUAUGGGAACCAUUAGCUGCACUUCUCAGUCGACUAUUAACUCGUGGACAUACAAAAGGAAAUGAAAUGUUAGCUGUUAUACAAGAUGCUUUUAUCGUUGCUAAUUAUUCUAUACGUGGUGCUGCAUUUUCUGCAUGGGCUUCAUUUAUGUCACAUAUCUAUCGGUCAGAUUUAAAUCUCAAUAAUGAUGAUACUCAUCAACAACAAUUAUAUAAUCGUUUAUUAAAAUUAUUUCUCACACCAUUUAUACCAGAUAAUACAUCGAAAAGUAAAUCAGCAUCUAUAGCUAAAUGUCGUGCAUGGGUCAUAUUAGUAUCAUCAUAUCCAACACAUAUUGAUGAUGUACUUUUACCAUUUCUUUCUUUUGCAUUUGGUACUCAAGUAACAUGUAAAACAACAUCAUGGUGGUCAGAAUGUCGAAAAAUUGGUUUAGAAUGUCUUCAUGAUUUAUUCAAUGAUAAUACGAAUGGUGAAUGUAUUUUGAGAACCGCUGGUGAUCAGAUACUUAAUUAUUUAUUUGAUUCAGUCAUUGAUGAAAUAUCAGAGAAUACAACGAAUGAAGAAAAUUUAUUUUGGUUAACUGUUUGGAAUUGUUAUUUAACACAUUUAACACAGAUAUUUACAUCGAAUAAUUCUAUUAAUGAUAAUCAACGUAUAGCAAUAAAUACUGGUCUUUUAACACGUAUUGAACAAUUAUGGAUUGAUUCACGUAUUUCAACAGAAUUUUUAUUAAAAUUAUUUGAUACAUUUGAAAGAACAGGAUUUCCUCUUGCUAUUGAAACAGUAUUAAGAGAUUCAAGUAUAAGAACAAAAACAUUAUCAGCUACACAAAAGAAUCGAUCACAAGAUAAAUCUUCAUUAUCUGAUCAAUCUAUUUCAUCUCAUACAACUCUAUCCGAUCAAUAUCUUCAUAUGAUGUUAGAACAUUCUAUUCGUUAUACUGAUGAUAAUCAAACAUACCUUCAUGUUUUAUCUUAUUUAAUUGAUACAUUAUCAAAGACAUCGGAUGAUAAUUUUUGUCAUCAAACAUGUUUAUUAUUACUAAAAUGUUCAUUUGAAUUAUCUCAUCAACCAUUAAAAAUUCCAUCACUAUUCUGGCAUAUAUGGUUACGUUGUUCAACACAUUUAAUACAUAUUCUUAAUAAUACACGUUCAAUUGAGUUCGAAAAUCAACAACAAGAAACAACUAUUGAAUUAUUACUUCGUCCAUUUUCAUUUAAUGAUAGUCAACAUCUUGAUUAUUCAUAUACAUUAUUAUGGACACAAUUAUUUAAAGCAUUAUCUCGUUUAAUAUUACUUGAUGGUAAACAAAUCAUUCAUAUCUAUACUGAAUUACUUCGACAUAGUCUUGUUUUUGAACAAGCUAUUAAUGAUGAACAUAAUCAACGUGUAUUCGGAUUUUUAUUAACAACAAUAAAAUGUUUAUUAAAAACUUUAAGUGAUAUUGAUUUAACAAAUGCUUCUAAACGUCCAUCAUUAUCAUCAGUAACACUUUGUUAUACACAAUUAUCGGUUAUAAUUAAUUCAAUUAUAAAACGUUUAUUAUCAUCGUCGAAUGAUGAAAAUAAAAUACAAUGGUUAUUUGUUUGUUAUUGUUUAGUUAAAUCAACUAAAAUCUCAUCAAAUGAACAAACAAAAUCAAUUGUAUUUACAUAUGUACGUGAUCUUAUUGUUGAUUUAUUUCAUAUAUGUAAAACAUGUUCACAACUGGAAAUAAUUUUAACUAAUUUAAAUCAAAUUCAAUCAUUUCUUAGUACAUAUGAACAAUUUAUAAUUUCAACAUCAACAUCAGGUAGUUCAUCGCCAAUAUCAACAAAUAAACAACAACAACAACAAUCGGAUAAUAUUAUAUUAAAUAAAAUUUUAUCAACAAUACAAUCAGUAUUUGAUUCAUCAAAUGGUUCAUCACUUUUAAAACUUGUUUAUCCAUUUUUAAUUAUUGGUUUUCAACAUAAUAAAACAAUAGUUAGAAAUAAAACAAGAAAAUGUUGGAAUGAAACAUUUGGACGUUUAACAUUUAUUGUUUAUCCAAAUGAACUUAGAACAUGUCUUCGUGAUCUGAAAGAUAAAGAACAGAUAUUAUUACCAUGUUUUCUUGCUGAUCAUGAUAAUAGUAAUACAGCUGGUAGUGAAAUUUUAUUAUUAAAUAAUACAGAUGAAAGUCAAUUAUCUCAACAAAUUGAUAUAGCAACACCAUUAAUGGCUCCAAGUAUACCUUUAAAACGUGCAACACCUUCAUCGCCAGCACGUUUUUCAUCGCCAUGUUUACCAACAAUUCGUUCGACAACGGUUGAAAGAACUGAACCAAUAUUUGUUCCAAUAACAAAUAAUAUUAAUCAUGAUAAUGAUGGUGAAUCUCCAGUUAUUAUUAGUAAACGUAUGUUAUCAACAAGUAGUGGUUUAACAGAGAAACAAAAAGAAAAAUUACGUGCGCGUCAUGUCAUACCGUUACUUUGUGAUGAUAAUAGUAAUACACAAUCAUUAUCGUAUACAAUGGAUUCACCAACAAUUGAAAAUAUGAUGGCAACUUAUCAACUUCGAAAUACAAGUGCUGGAAAUAAACAAUUAACAAAUGAAAAUAGUUUAUCUCUAUUGAAACAGUCAACUGCAGAUUCGUCACCUUCAGUUCAAUCAUCACAAGAAAAUAAUACACCAGUUGAAUCAUCAUCUUCUCCUCCUCUGGAACCAACAAUUUCAUCAACAUCUACAGAAAAUGAAAAUUCAUCUAUACAACUACCUGUAAAUAAUAAUGAAGAUGAUAUUCCUGAAGAAUCAUCCAUAGCAAAAAAACUUCGUCGUUCACGUCGUCCAUCAACAUCAGCACGUAAAAGUUUAACAAAUAAUACAAGAAAAAAACGUAUUAUACCAUCAUCAGAGGAAAUUAGUACAACAAUUCCAUCAGUUAUCGUUGAUCCUCCAUCAGCAGCAGAUAUGGAAUUAAUUAAAUCUCGUCCAUUGAAAAGUAUUCUCAAACGUUUAUCACCAACAAAACCACGACAAGAUCAUACACGUCAUGUAGCUUUUCAUGAUCAAGUUAAAGUUCUAUUAUUUGCAUCACCAUUACGUCGUGAUCCAAAUGCACAACAACAACAACAAAAACGAAAAAGUCCUAAUAAAGAUGAAAAUAAAUAUUCAUCAUUAAUAUCAACACGUCGUUCAAGUGGAUUACAUAAUAAUGACCAAAUAAUUAAAACACGUUCAUUAAAAUUACUUAAUCUUUCUGAUACUUCAACGAGUGAGCCAUCACUUAAUUCCAAUGAAACUAUUUCAUCUCAAAUUAAACCACCUGAACCAAUUUUUCCAGCAUUAGUUGAUUGUGAUAAACCAUUAGAUUCUCUUAUUCAUGUAGUUUAUGGUGGUGUUUGUCCAACAAAUGCAAUUAAUUAUUUUCGUUCAAUUAAAAUGAGCACAGUUGGUGAUAUUGCUCGAUCAACAGCUACACAAAUUGAAGUUUAUCCACUUCCACCACCAAAAUUAGCUAAUAUUCAAAAAGCACUUUCAUUAUAUCAAGAACGUUUAGUAACAUCUCCAUCAUUAUCACCCAUUAUUGGCACUAAUGAUGAAACACUUACACCUAUAGCAAGUACAUCUGAAGAACCCAUUGCAUUUAGUGAUGGUACAUUUACAAAAGAAGUAGCAUCAUUACCAACUACAACAACAAUACAUGAUCCACAUCAUUCAUUAUAUGAUGUUGAUACAUUAAUAGAUAGUCUUGAUUAUGAACGACUUUAUUUAAAUGAUAAUAAAGAACUUGAUGAUGAAUCAAUACCAUCAUCAACUAGUCAAACUGAUUUUAUACGUACAAGACGUCAACAAGCUUUAGCUAAUCGUGAUGAACAAAUAUCUCCACAAAAACGUCGUUUAUCAUCAGCUAAUGAAGAUGAAGAUAAUGUAGAUAAUCAAGAACAAGAUGAACAAGUUUCACCAAAAAAACAAUCAAUUAUUCAUAUAACACUUGGUGAUCGUUUACAAAAAGCAGCUGAAAUAUUUCAAACCAAUGGUCGUCUUCCAUUUGAUGAUGAUUAUAUUGAAUUAGUUCGACAAUUAUUUAAUAAUUCAUCAUUAACACAUCUCGAACAAUUACAUUUAAAAAGUUUAUUUCUUGAUAAUUAG